GCACACGUAAAUUCGCUUCGUUGAUUUCAGUUUUCGAUCUAAAUCCUUAUACUUCAGCAGUCUCAAUUUUCCAGUGGCGAUCAGGGUAAUUUUACACUCUUCAAAGUUUGUAUCUAAAUCUGUAACAGUCCAACUGACCAUAAACGCUAGUGUUCUUUAAUCAUAGAAAACUCUGAGCAAGAUAAUAAUAAUGCUGAUUGAAGAACUUUCUCACGAUACGUUCAAGCAACUGUGUACCUCCUUAAAUGAUGGACUCGGCACUGGCUACAUAGCUCUAAUGAUGAAGGGCUUUCCUGACCUUUAUUCCCACGUGGAUGUAACUGAGAUUAAGAGGUUUAGGAAUCCAGCUGAAAAAUUACUCUGCGACCUAAGCAAUCGGCAAAUAACAGUGGAAAGGCUCCUAAGAGGUGUGGAAGGAAUUGGAAACAGAAAGGCCACAAAAAUUAUAAUGGAAGAUGUCAUGAAAAGAGGGGAAACUCUUAACUUGCUGGAGGAUUAUCAAUUUUCUCCACGCCACUCCACUGGACAGCCACAGGAGCACAGCGAUGAUGCAUUAGUGGAAGACUGCUCACCUGCUAUACCCUACCAGUAAACAAGCCAAAACAUACAGAGCUCCUGUUCAGGAAACAGUAUUUAAUCCUUUGCAUCAGAGAAAUGAAGAUUCUAUCAUUUAGGAAAGGAUGAUGUUUUCUCAUAAGGGAACACAUCUUUGUAGUGUUAAACAUAUGAAAAUGAUAUAACUUAAGUGCUGGUAGUAAAAUUUUUUAGAGGCAAAGGUGUAGGAUAGUCUUAACAGAGUAGGUGAUCAGCUUUUGAAAAGUUAUUUCGGGUUAAGGGGUCUUUUUUAGCAAGUAUGGAUGUUUCAUUUAUUUUCCCAAUUGUUUUCGUUGUUGUUGAAAUUUCAGAUGUCUUAAAUAGAGAAUAAUACAUUGGCGCGCGUAGAUAUGGAAUUUCUCUUUGUGUUGUGAUUUGUGUAACAAUAGCACCUCACACCAGUUAGUUCUUAAGCAAGUACCUCGUACAGCUUUUACGGUUACUACUUUAGCUUUUACUGUGGCGUGAUGUAUGUUAGAGUGCUCUACGAAUAAAAGUCUA